AUGAGCGGCGUGUCCGAGGACGCCGCGGGCCGCGGGCGGCGCGCGGACAAGGUCGGCGAGCAGCGGAGCGCGCACGACGCCGCGGACGACGCGGCCAUCGAGGCGGGCGUCUUCGACGAGGUCGUCACCGAGGCCGCGGGCGGCGGCGCGAUCAACUUCGACGAGCUCGGCCUCUGCCGCUGCCUGCUCCGGGCCGUCGCGGCGCUGGGCUUCUCGCGGCCGACGGCGAUCCAGGAGCGCGUCGUGCCGCUGGCGCUCGCGGGCCGCGACGUCUGCGCGUCCGCCGCCACGGGCAGCGGCAAGACGGCCGCGUUCGGGCUGCCGCUCCUCGAGCGCGUCGUGCGCGCCAAGGCCGCCCACGGCAAGCCGACGAUCCGGGGCGUGAUCCUCCUGCCGACGCGGGAGCUCGCGGCGCAGUGCGAGGAGAUGGUGCGGGGGCUGGGCCAAUUCUCGGGCGCGGACGUCGCCCUCGUCGUCGGCGGCGCCAAGGACGUCAAGGUCCAGGAGCUCGCCCUGCGGCGCAAGCCCGACGUCGUCGUGGCGACGCCGGGCCGGCUGCUGGACCACCUCACGAACGGCCGCGGCGUCCACCUCGACGACGUCGAGUGCUGCGUGCUCGACGAGGCGGACCGCCUGCUCGAGCUCGGCUUCGAGGACGAGCUCCGCCAGCUGCUGGGCGCGCUGCCCGGCGGCUCGGAGCGGGGCAAGGGCGGCCGCGGCUCGGGCACCCGCCAGACCAUGCUCUUCUCCGCGACGUUCGGCGCCAAGGUCGAGAGCCUCGCGGCGCUGUCGCUCGUGCGGCCCGUGCGCGUGCGCGUGGCGUCGGGCCACGGCGCGGGCGGCGUCGCCGCCAAGCUCACGCAGGACUUCGUGCGCCUCAAAGCCGCGGAGGGCCGCGCCGAGGACGCGGAGCGCGAGGCGACGCUCCUCGCGCUGUUGACGCGGACCGUCGACCCGGCGUCGCAGGCCGUCGUCUUCUUCGACACCAAGGCGGCGACGCGGCGCGUCGGCGCGCUCCUCGAGGCGCUGCGGGCGCGGGGCGGCCUCAGCGGCCACGCGCUGCCACCCGCGACGGAGCUCCACGGCGGCCUCCGCCAGGCGCAGCGCGACGCGAAUUUGGCGCGCUUCGAGCGCGGCGACGCGGGCAUCCUGCUGUGCACGGACGUCGCCGCGCGGGGCCUGGACCUCGCCGGCGUCGGCGCCGUCGUCAACUUCGAGAUGCCGCGCACCGUGGCGACCUACGUGCACCGCGUGGGCCGCACGGCGCGCGCGGGCCGGUCCGGCCACGCGGUCACGCUCGUCGGCCCCCAGCGCCGCCAGGCGCUCAAGGAGUUCCUGCGGUCGCGCACGGCGCAGCUCGACGCGGCGCGCGACGCGGGCGACGCCGGCGCCGCCGCCGAGCUCGAGAGCGCGGGCCUCCGGUCGCGCGCCGUGCCGCCCGCGGUGCUCGCCGAGUGGCGCGACGCCGUCGGCGCCGCGGAGGCCGACGUCGCGGGCCUGUUGGCGCUCGCGGCGGCGGACCGCGAGCUCUCGCGCGCCGCCGAGGACGCCCAGCGCGCCGAGAACCUGCUCGUGCACGGCGCGGACAUCGCCGCGCGGCCGAAGCGCGAGUGGUUCCAGUCGUCGAAGCAGAAG